GUGUAAGUCACACAGGAAGCUUCCAGUCACUUGCCGUAAAAGACACACCUCCCAUGUAUGGACUUGACUUCCCUUCCAGUCGUGACUGCCUUCAUACAGCAAAAGCUGAUUAGCCGAUGACACGGGCACACAUCAGGGACAACAGAUCAUGCCUGGUCCUAGUGGAAAAAAGAGACUUGGGUCUCGUCGGAGGGUUCCAACACAAGUUGAAAUGCCAGAGGAUUUGACUGCAGCAAAUCAGUCAUCACAACCAGAAGAAAGUGGUGAACCUUUCAGUGAAUUGUCUAAUGAAGGCGAUACCCCUUUGGUCACCCAUGGGAUGCUUUCAUCACAGCAGAAGUCAGGCAGGAGAAAGCUUGGCUCAAACAGACGAACUAAAAGAAACGAUUCUGAGCAGUCUGCAACCGAAUCAUGCCACAAACCGACAAAGGAAGUUGAGCAAAAUGUGCAUACAGAAAAAGAAGCAGAAAUGACACGUGCAGUUCGUGACAGAGCAUUCUGUGAAGUAAAUGAUGAUGAUUCCGUGUAUGGGGCGAAUUCGUAUUCAGCCGACACACCUGGUCGUGCUUUGGACCCCGGCUAUUGGGAUUCUGACGUAGGGAGACAUAAACCCAUACGUGAAAAAUUGUAUUUGGAUGACGGUGCCAGAGACGGUGACUGUAAAUGGGACGUUGGUCAUGACAAACAAGUGGAAGACGCUGGACAACAGUGGUCAGUUAAGCAAAAACUACAUGACCCGCCAACUUUCACAGGAAUGUCAGCACGUCGUCUGUCUAUUGAUGCAGAAAAGGAAGCUCUAAAUGAAUAUCCACUACAGCCAACUGCAGCUUCUCAGGGUGACCAUUUAAAUAUCCAAUUGAAUGAAAUAGAUGUUGCAGGAAAUCCAGAGAGGCCCCCGGAAGAAAGCUGCUGGUCUGAAAAUGUGGAAAGUAAAUACAGUGUUGAGCAAGUGAAUUAUUCACCCGCAAUCGGGGAAGUGCCUUCAAAUGAGGAACAUGAGCCUUUUGACUUUCCACAAGUCAAACCUGAUCAGCUUGCAGAUCAAAAUGAAAUUGAAGAGAUCAAGUCACUCGAAUCUGACCAAAAGUAUUACCCUGAAAUCGGGGCCUGUGUUGAUAAAGAAGCUAUUGAUAAAUGUCUUGAAGAUCGAAAAGAGGAAGUAGCUCAACGUGAUGCAUUUUCACACAGUGUAAAAAGCCUUCCUGAUUCAUGUUUAAAUCCACAUCAAGAGGAGCUUUUGAAAGAGAAAACUGUGGUUUUGUACCAGGGAGAUCAUUGUCAUGCACCUGAAACCGACGAGGCACUGAUCAACAUCAAACGAAUGGAAACCACACCUUGUCAAGCAAAAGAGGUCAACAACCAAGUGAAGGCCAAACUGGAACAGAGUACUAAUGGAGUCUUGACUACGAUGACGGACUGUGCCUUGCCGUCACAAAGUGUACAACCAGAAAGCGGUUUUGUCUUUGACUCCCCAAGUCCAGACAAUCAUGCAAACACACAUGAACAGAGAGAAUCUUUCAGCCCACAUAGGAACAGGAGAAAACUGGGUUCUAGUCGCCGGAGCAAAAGAAGCCACGAAAUGGUCAAUGCUGCUGAGACAAACUCCGAUUCACAAGAUGAUGCUCCUGGAAAGACAAGUAAUGAUGGUGAUGAGCCCCCCAAAAUGGAAGAAGCAACAUCUACAAUAGAAGCAGUUGAGCAGAAAAAGAUGCAGCUGAACGAAAUGGACAAUUUAGACACUUUUCUCAGUGAAGACAUGCAUCAGCUUGUCGAAGAAAAUGCACAUUCGAACUCAACUGUACCCCAACCGCGAACUCGACUAUCAAAUUACGAGGAGAUACCGAAGGACGUACUUCCCAUAGAUAAAGCCAAAACAAAAGCAACAGACGAAAAUCAAACUUUAUUACAGGAUGGAAAUCUUGGAGAUAUCCUGGAGAUAAGCAUGCCCAAAACCAGCUUUCAUGAAGACACAGAAAUUGAGUACAGUGCAGCGAUAGCCGCUAUUUCUUCACCAAAAGCCAAAAUAUCCGCAGAUGAACAUGAGCACUUUGGCUUUUCUCAAGUUGGAGAAGCUCAACAUCCAGACGAGGAUUUAAUUGGGAAGGCCAAGUUAUUAGAAACAGACCAAACAAAAGAUUCCAAGACAUUGGUAAAGGGACUUAGUGGUGAUGUUCAUACAAAUGUUCACAACCUUGUCGAGUCAGGUUUAAAUCCACAGGAUGAAGCGGAAAAACAGCUUAUGGAAGACAACACAGAGGUUUUAGAGCAGAGAGAUGAAAAUAAUGUUGCUUCUAACACCGCGGAGACAUGGAUCAUCACAGAAAAAACGCACCCCACACAGAGUCGGGAACAGAAACUUGUUUUUGACUCUCAAAGUGAGGACAGCAUUGCCAGCGCAGAUCAACAAAAAGACUCCUUCAGCCAAGACACGAGCAGGACAAAACUGGGGUCGAGUCGGUGCGUCAAAAGAAGCAAGAUUAAUGCUGACUUUAAAGAUGAGGCUGUCGGAGAGACAAGAGACGACUAUAAUCAACCCGGAGACCUAAAAGAAGCGACCAUUAAAAUAGAAACAGCAGAGCUGGAAAAGUCAGAGCUCCAAGAAAUGGGCAAUUCAAUCACCUUUCAAGCUGAACCCAUGAUUGAUCUCGUCAGAGAAAAUGACCAAGCAGGAUUCUCUGAAUUUAUGACUUCAAAUACACAUUCAAACACAACUGUACCCGAACUGCUAAUUGAACGAUCAAGUUCCAGGGAGAUGUCAGAGGAGGAAGAACUUCCCAUUGGUGAAUUCAAAACAAAAGCAGAGGAGGAAAAUGAGACUUCGCCACAGAACGAAAAUGUACAUGAUGAGGAUUUGGUGAGUCAAGCACUUGUUGAUGCAGACGUGUCCGUUGCAACACCGGAGGUUAGCACGCCUAAAAGCGGCCUUGAUAACGAUGCAGACAUUGAGUGCAAUGAAGCAAAAGCCACAAUUUCCUCACCAAAAGCAGAAACAUCCACAGACGAACACCGUGAGCACUUUGGCUUUUCUCAAGUCAGAGAGGCUCGCUAUACAGACGUCAUUUUAACGAAAUCAUCAGAAAUGGACCAACAUGAAGACUGUGAAAUUUUGAGCCCAGCUAGGAACCGGAGAACACUCGGGUCUAGUCGCCGGAACAAAGGAACUCUCAGGAAGGACUCUGCUGCUGAAACAUACAACGAAUCUCCAGACAGUGCUGCCGGAAAUGACAACGAUAAAGCGGAUCCACCAGUAACAAAAGACAUGACGUUUACGAUAGAAUCUGCUGAGAUGGGAAACACUGAAAAAAAUAGCCAUGACGAAGAUGCCGAUAGUGAGUGCAGGCCAUCAAAUGCCACAAUUUCAUUACCGAAAGAGGAAAUGGAGGAUAAGCGUGAGCUUGCUAGCAUAUCUGGAGGCUAUCAUACCCAACAUUUCGAGAAUGUCAAUCCUGUAGAAGGUAGUAACGAGCUAAAUCAUGUUGAUGACUCCGCAGUUCAAGAGAUCUGCUCUACUGCUGGAGUCAUGCCGACGGAAGCCUCUGCAGACUGCGAGGAAUUCAUCAUGGACGGGCCACAGUACACCCGGGAUAAAACACUGCCGGUGGCAGCAGAGCCAGCAGGGCAGCAAGUAUCACAACAUCACACGAAAGCAAUAUUCAAAGCCACUGAGAAAAUGGUCGUUGAAGUUGUGAAAAGCCAAGUCAUUCGAGAGCAAGAUUCUAUUCCUCCAAACGCCGACAAAAAUGAAAGUGCCAGUUCUCAAGGGGAAGUCCCAGACAUACCGUUUAUAUCCCAUCAGCACACAAAUGUUUGCUCUGCAUCGAGCUUGAAUGUACAACAGUCAGAAGAAACCUUCCAGGAAAAAAGCAUGGAGGCCGUGUCUUUUCAAGAAUCACUGGAAGACAUUCUAGAAGCUGCGAAUGAUGCCCAGGAAAAAGCUGUGGAAGAAAGAAGGCAUCAUUCAGACGCAACGGGACGGUCAAAUGUGACUUUGACUCCUCCUAAGAAGAGAAAGAUGGGCUCCACUCGCAGGUCUCGUAUGAACGGGAAACACACAGUGGAAAUGGACAGAGAAACCGAUACGGGAGCUCUAGAAAAUGAUGACGUCCUGACUGAUGUACCACAGACUGAAGCGUUCCAAAGGGCCGAAGAAGAGCAGGAUUUCAACACGACUGAGGCUGAUCCGAAGCUCCACAACAGUCCCAGAGAAAGCAACCUGAUAUCAGCCACCAGUGAUGUCAUAACUGUCUCUCCAGAGCAGGUGUCCCCUCAUGAUACUUCCCACGUAGCUGACGCGAGAAGUGACAGAGACACGAUAGCUUGCACGGAGACAUUCGAACCUGAUUAUGUUCCUGUGCUUGUGGACACAGAGAGCAAGAACAAACAUCAGCUGCUUUCCAAUAAAUGUGCUCUAGAUAGCGAGGCCACAAAACAGGAUGUCAAUGUAGUGCAAGGCCAAAAUGCAACUGAACUACCUGGCAAUGAGCUCAUGGUUGAACAAUCCAAUAUCCCAUCGAUAAAGACUGAGAGUGAAAGAGCUCCUGAUAGACACUUGAAGAGUCCCGGUUUGAACUCGACAAGUAAAAAAAGAAAGAUGGGCUCUACACGCAGAAAUCUCGGCACCAAGUCAAAGGGGGACUUGGAGCUGAAGUUGGAUUUGAAUCGUGAGGUACCGGUCACAGCCCUUGUGCAAAAUGUGAUGACAGAGCGCGCCUGUCAAAGCGAAGAUGAAAAGUUGACGCCUGAGAGCUCGGCCUUUGCGCCAACCAAGCAAGAAUAUACUUGCGAGCCUCCAAGCACUUCCCCGCUUCAUCAGACAGGCAAAGAAAAUCAAACUUCAGCGCAUCAUCCAGUUCAACUUGGCAUCGGGGAAAAAGAGUCCAACCCCGCCAAACUUGAUACGCCCUCAGAAAUCGAGCUAGCGGGGAGAAAACGGAAACUGGGCUCUCACCGCAAGUCCAGACUACACCAAACACCAAACGGUGAAGAAGACAACCUGACGCAAAAACAACAUGGGAGAGUUUCGAAAACAACCACACACGAACAAGCAGAUGACAUCAUUCGAGGGCCUGAAGAAUCACAGAGCAAUAUCGGUGAUCCCAAACCGUCAGCCGAUAGUUCAAAAUCUGUGAGAAACAAGACAUUUGAGGAAGGGAUGCCAUCUCGAGCACAUCAAGAAAAAGUCCACCUGCGUCAAGAUACUCAGAAUGUCUCUUUGGCAGGUAAAGCAAACCCCUACAACGUGGUCAUGGUUGGAGACAGCAACGUGGGCAAGACUUCGUUCAUGAAACGAGCACAAAAUGGGAAGUUUUUUCCAGAUUUGCCUGCCUCUGCUGGCCUUGAUACGUGCUUGUGGACUGUGGUCGUGGAUGGCAGACCUGUGGUGCUCCAGCUGUGGGAUACAGCCGGUCAAGAAAGGUUUCGCAGCAUCACCAAUCAGGUAUUCCAUCGAGCGCAUGCAUUUCUCCUGAUGUAUGACAUCACUUCCUCUCAAAGCUUCACCGCCGUCCACUACUGGGCAAGAUGCAUUCAGGAAGGGUCCAGGGAAAAUGUUCCAGUUUUACUUCUCGGAAAUAAAAGCGAUCACGUUGAGCGUCGUGUUACAACUGAAGAGGGUCAGAAUGUUGCAAAGAAUUUAAAGGCAGACUUUAUGGAGUGCAGCGCCGUCUCCGGCGACAAUGUGAUUCAGUCUUUGGAAGCAGUUGCCAGGUUGUUGAGUCAUAAAGAUGAUGGAAGAGAUGAAACCCUGGUGUUGCAUAAAGCACCUCCAAAGAAGAAAGCAGGAUGUUGCUGAACACAGUGCAUCUGGGGAAUUACUUUUUUUUUGGGUUAGUUUUAAACCCCCGCAAAGAACAAUGACAGACCAAUACUGAAGUUAGUGUAAAAUGCUUUUAAAUCCAGGUUAAAAACUAUGCUCCUCCCAUACUUAUGAUCAUGCUCUUGCAUUGUUGGUCUUGAAUUCUUCUGUUUAUCAAAUACUGUACAUUUGUUUGCCUCUAACUGUUUUGUAACUAUGUGAAGCACAUUGAAUUAACUGGUGAAUGAAAUGCGCCGUACAAAUAAAGCUGCCUUGCCUUAAUUGUGCUGUACUGCUUUGAUUGACAA